AUGUCGAGACUAAUAUUUGUUGGAGUCUUCUUAAUAGUUUCGAUAUCACGAGUUCUGGCGUAUCCUUACUAUAGUCAAAAUGAAGAUUUUAGCGUGAAUGCUCGCCACCCGAAAUAUCAUGAGCAAGUUAAAAUUCCAUACUGGAUCAAAGUUAUCCUUACUGUCAUUUUGGUUUUAUUAGGUGGUCUGUUUGCCGGUUUAACUCUUGGUUUGAUGAGUUUGGAUGAAACCAAUCUCCAUAUUCUUGCUUCAUCCGGUGACGCUACACAAAGAAAAUAUGCAGCGCGAAUUAAACCUAUACGUAAAAAUGGACAUAUGCUUCUGGUCACACUUCUUCUUGUAAACGUAUUAGUUAAUGAAACUCUUCCAAUCAUCAUGGAUGACGUAAUGGGUGGUGGAGGUAUAACUGCAAUUUUAGUUUCUAGCGUGCUUAUUGUUAUUUUUGGAGAGAUUAUUCCACAAGCUGUUUGUUCAAGAUAUGGACUUGCCAUUGGAGCUUUCUUUGCAUGGCCUGUAAGAAUAUUGAUGUGGUUGACUUAUAUAAUUGCGUAUCCGAUAGCAAAAUUAUUAGAUAAAGUUCUCGGUGAAAAUCAUGGCAUAAUUUAUCGUCGUGCGGAGUUGAAGGAAUUAAUUCAGUAUCACGGAUCUUCCACUAAACAUGGAGGUGAUCUUGUUACAGAUAGUGUUACAAUUAUUCGUGGAGCACUUGAUCUUCAGGAUAAGGCUGUCGAAAUUGCGAUGACACCAAUUGAUAAGGUUUACAUGUUACCUGUUGAUACGAUAAUGGAUAGAAUUACCAUGCGAGAGAUUUACUCAACAGGUCACUCAAGGAUUCCCAUAUAUGGAGAAUCACGUCAAAAUAUUGUUGGCGUUUUGCUAACCAAGGUAAAAACAAACCCAGAUGAAGCUCGUCCGUUAAAAAAUUUUCCCAUAAAUAAUAUGCCUACAGUCUUAGCCGCGACUCCUUUAUUUGAUAUUCUAAAUACUUUUCAAGACGGUAGAAGUCAUAUGGCUAUUGUCGUUAAAGGAGAAGAAAAUAUGCCCAUCGGUGUUAUAACAUUAGAAGAUGUUCUUGAAGAAUUGAUCCAAGAAGAAAUUUAUGAUGAAUCAGAUACACGAAUUGGUUUGGCGGUUAAAUUAGAAACCGGAGAUCAACUGAUUUUGGCAUCCAAGAAAAAGCGCGCAGAAUCAAGCAAGGUUGUAUACCAUAAACACAAAUUUAAGAGUCCAAGUUCAAGAGCCGAUUCUAUACAAGGAACUCCCUCUCAAUCCGUGAUCGAAAAUAAUCGUGCGGGAGAUUUAAUUGUAUUCGAUGAACCUAGUACGAUGUCUACUAUACCGUCACGCGACGAUACCGGUGAGUUACCUCAUGCCAACGACUCGUUAACCACGAACGCCAAUUAG